GCGGACGAGCGGGACCCAGCGGAGCUGCCAUGUGCGAGGCGGCGGGGCCCGAUGGAGAGUGCGGUGCCCACAUGGCACCGCCACGGCGCCGACGAGCCCCAGCAGACAGCCACCCACGGCCCUGCAUGAAGUGUAGGCAGGGCUCUGCCUCCCUCAUCAUCCGUGUUGGGGACGCCUUCUGCCGAGACUGCUUCCGUGAGUACUUUGUGCACAAGUUCCGUGCCAUGCUGGGCAAGAACCGAGUCAUCUUCCCAGGAGAGAAGGUGUUGCUGGCACUGUCGGGGGGGGCAGCCUCCAGCGCCAUGCUCCGCCAGGUCCAGGAGGGGCUCAGCCGAGAGACGGCCAAGAGGCUCCGCUUCAUCCCUGGCCUCAUCUACGUUGACGAGGGAGCAGUGCGCAGGCAGAGCCUGGCACAGCGGGAGAGUAACCUGGCCCACAUGGAGACACUGCUGCAGGCCACCGGCUUCCCCUACCACCUAGUGCACCUGGAGGAGGCCUUGGAGCUGCCUGCAUCCAUCCUGCGGCCGGGGACGAGGGGGUCCCAAGAGCCUGGGCCCUCCUACAAGGAAGCUGUGGAGGGCUUCAUCCAGGAGCAGCAGCAGGAUGGGGACAGGGAUGGUGGCACUUCACUGCCUGGCCUUGGCACUGAGAAUGUGCCCCCUGCCAGCCCCCACUUGCCCACUGCUGCCCAAACCCAGAAGCUGCUGCAGCUCUUUGAAGCUGUGGAGACGACAACAGCAAGAGAGGAGCUGCUGCAGAUGCUGCGGACCCACCUCAUCCUGCAGACAGCCCGGACCCGGGGCUACGCCAAGGUGAUGACAGGCGAGAGCUGCACCCGUGUGGCCAUCAAGGUCCUCACCAACAUGUCGCUGGGUCGUGGCGCCUUCGUGGCUGUUGAUACGGGCUUCAUGGAUGACCGCCACGGCGACGUGAUGGUGGUGCGGCCCAUGCGGGACUACACGGCCAAGGAGAUCGCCUUCUACAACCACUUCUUUGGCGUCCCCACCAUGACUGUGCCACCCCUCUUCACCAAGCGCCGGGAGAAGCCCAGCAUCCACCACCUGGUCGAAGACUUCCUCCUGGGGCUUCAGGAGGACUUCCCCUCCACCAUCAGCACUGUCUACCGGACAAGUGAGAAGCUGAGCCCAGACCCAGCCAAGGCGAGCUGCGAGGAGGAGCGCUGCCUGCUCUGCCUCUGUGCCCUGGACAUCGCUUGGGAGGAGGACUUGGCCCUGGAGCCCACACUGAUCCUGGAGGAACCAGAGAAGAACGGAUGCUGCCAGGAUGUCCCAGCAGCAUGUGCUGAGCGCAAAGCUGCCUUCAUCCCACUGCUGUGCUACGGCUGCCGUCUCACCUUCAAGGAACUGGGUCCCCUUGCCACGCUGCCACCCUAUGUGCGCACUGAGGGACAGCGCAGGAUCCACAGAGCAGAGAUGAUGCAGCAGAGACAGCAGGCUCUGGAGGAUGAGGAGCCUAGCCAGAGCUGAAGGGGCUGGGACAGGGGGGCCACAGAGGUUCCCCCCCUAUCCCUCUG